AUGACAACUAGUAUUGACAGCUAUUCACGAGAAGAAACAGUAAAUGAUAUUUUAUUGAGGUUAGCCGUGAAAUCACUGUUGCUAUUCAAAUGUGUAAGUAAAAGCUGGCACGAUCUUAUUAAAAGCUCGAGUUUUAUCAAGAAGCACUUUAACAGCGAGAGUAAUCGUGCUCGUCUCUGGUUUUGUAAGUUCGGUGUAGACUAUAGACCACAGCCUCCUUUAAGAGCUAUUAACUUUUUCUUGCUACCUGAAAAAUUAAUUGCAAGCGUCGUCCCUGCUCGUCAGAGGAUUUAUCGUUGCGAAGGUGUUAGUGAUUUUAGAGGUAUUUAUGGUCCUGUUGAUGGCUUAUUCCUAUUAGAGAAAGGAAUUUUCUACUUAAUGUUCGGGUUAGAUUCAGUGAAUCAAGAUUAUAAAGUUUUAUCUCUACGAAUAUAUACGAAUGAAGAGAAGAACGAGGUUUAUCCUAAGGUGUUUGCUGCUAUCUAUUCGUCGAACAAUGACUCCUGGAAAUACCUGGACCCGAAUUUUCCUUACGAUAGUAACUUGUGUGAGUCCCUUGAUAGUACUCAUCUAAAUGGAGUUUAUUGUUGGUUGUGCCUAGACAAAGACAAUGUAUAUUGCAUUACAACGUUCGACUUUGUGACCGAGCUGUUCGGGGAAAUGGAAGGACCACCAAUUUCAGGCGAACACUGGGGGGCUCUGAUGUUGCGCGGAGGCUCUCUCGCUGCUAUGUCUUGUGAUGAAAUGGCUCAGCCUCAGACAUCGUGUUAUGAUAUAUGGGCAAGAAUUGGAGAGAAUAAUUGGAUCAAAGUUUAUACUGUUAAUCCUCCAAUAACAUGGCAUUGGCCUCUUGGCAUAUGGGAGUACGACAAGUUUAUUUAUGAAAUGACACAAACUUAUAAUAUUGUGUAUUAUAACCACACUGCUAAAGAAGUUACAGUUUUUGGUUUUAAUUUUACUGAUAUAGGAUCCGGCAGCAUUUGGCCUAUAACUUAUAAGGAGAGCCUAGUUCCUAUAAACAGAGAAAAUCCGACUGAGCAGGAUAAUGUUGAAUAUUUCUUCACCAAGUUUUAG